CUCGAAUGCCAGAGAUUUUCCUUUAUAUGCAUUAGAUUUUCGAUUCCUACUGAUCGCCAAGUUUUCGCAGGUUGCAUUAGAUUUUCGAUUCUCUGCAAUUUUUUCUGUUCUUCAAUCCAUAAUUCAUCGCAGAAUGAGGCUUCAAGUGAACGACGGCGAUGUCGACGACGAUCUUGUUCCUCCCCCCAACUUCUCCAGUGUUGAGGAUGGCAUUUUCCGAUCCGGCUUCCCUCAGCCUUCCAAUUUUCCCUUCCUCAAGAAUCUAAAUCUCCGCUCCAUCAUAUAUUUGUGUCCUGAACCCUACCCAGAGGAGAAUUUGGAGUUUCUUAGAGCUAAUAACAUCAAGCUUUUUCAAUUCAAAAUUGAAGGGACAAAGGAGCCUUUCGUUUCGAUUCCGAAGGAUGCUAUUCUGGACGCCCUAAAAAUCCUAAUUGAUGUUAGGAAUCACCCCAUUUUGAUCCACUGCAAGCGUGGAAAGCAUCGAACAGGCUCGCUCGUGGGUUGCCUGAGGAAGUUCCAGAACUGGUGCUUGACAUCAGUGUUCGAGGAGUACCAGCGAUAUGCAGGCGUGAAAUCAAGGGCGACGGAUCUACAAUUCAUCGAGGCAUUCAACAUAGAGCCUUUGAGGCAAUGUGUUUACAGCAUCAUAUACCAGUACCAAGGGUAUAGCUCAAACAAGAGAAGGCUGUUGUACAGAGAAGAGAAGUUGCAGAAGCCCCAAACAACACCAGUUUAGAGACAACAAAUUGAAGGCAUCAUCAUACAAGAACACAACCUUCCUUAUUGCACAUAAUAUGAAGUUCUUGUCCAAACCCCAUCAAAGUCUUUGGUUCCCCAUUUUUAGGGCUCCAUUGAAGAAGAAGCUCAAAUCCUUACUUUUUUUUUUUUUUUCUUCUUUUUUUUUUCAACAAAAAAUCAUAUGAAAAGAAAGAAAAAGAAACUUUAUGGAAACACUAUUAUUUCAUGAGUCAUAGAAUAGCUUGAGUC